AGUUUUGUAUCGGUCUGCCAUUGUGCGAAUCGUUCGUUUGCGGAGGUUGGAGAGAUCCUCAGAGAGUAUCCGCUGUCGAUUCUUGAGGUCGAUGAUGCUUUAUGGUUCUUAAUUUCACUAGGUCUUUGUCAAUAUCCUCGAUCCUUUGUUUGGUUUCCGGGAAAAUGCGGGAAAAUUAACAGAAAAUUUGCAAUUUUUAAUCGGAAAGUUAAUAACUUUCAUCUGAAACUUAUAUGAGGUUUAGUUUUUUGUUCAGUAUUCAAGUUGGUGUUCUGGAAUAGUCAAGAUGAGUGUGGUGGGAUUUGAUAUUGGGAAUGAGAACUGUGUAAUUGCAGUUGCAAAGGAUCGUGGGAUUGAAGUUUUACUGAAUGAUGAAUCAAAGCGAGAGACACCGGCUGUGGUGUCAUUUGGUGAGAAGCAAAGAUUCAUGGGCUCGGCUGGAGUGGCUUCAGCAACCAUGAAUCCAAAAUCCACAAUUUUGCAGGUUAAGAGAUUGAUUGGCCGCAAGUUUAUGGAGCCUGAUGUUCAAAAUGAUCUCAAAUUGUUUCCUUUCGAAACGUUUGAAAGUCGCAAUGGUGGAAUUUUGAUCCGUUUACAGUUUAUGGGGGAAGCCCAUACAUUCACCCCUGUACAGAUUUUGGGGAUGCUCUUUUCACAUUUGAAGCAGAUAACUGAGAAGAAUUUGAAUAUGCCAGUUACAGAUUGUGUGAUUGGAAUUCCAUCUUACUUCACAGAUUUGCAAAGACGUGCCUAUUUGGAUGCAGCAACUAUUGCUGGAUUGAAGCCAUUGAGAUUGUUGCAUGAUUGUACGGCCACUGCACUUGGAUAUGGUAUCUACAAGACUGAUUUGUUAGAUGCUGGUCCAACUUAUACUGUGUUUGUAGAUAUUGGUCACUGUGACACACAGGUCUGUGUUGCAUCAUUUGAAAGUGGACGCAUGAAGAUAAUUUCUCAUGCCUCUGAUGGUAGCUUAGGAGGAAGGGAUUUUGAUGAAGUUCUGUUCAAUUACUUUGCUUCCCAAUUUAAGGAGCAGUAUGGAAUUGAUGUCCAUACAAAUAUCAAGGCAUCUAUUAGGUUGAGGGCCGCAUGUGAGAAGCUGAAGAAGGUCUUGAGUGCAAAUGCAGAAGCACCACUUAAUAUAGAAUGUUUGAUGGAUGAGAAAGAUGUUAAGGGUUUUAUCAAGAGAGAGGAGUUUGAGCAGCUGUCAUCUAAUUUAUUGGACAGGAUUAGUGUUCCUUGUCAUAAGGCUUUGGCUGAUUCUAGUCUGAGUGUGGAGAAAAUCCAGUCAGUGGAGCUUGUUGGGUCAGGAUCACGAAUUCCAGCCAUUACGAGAAUAUUAGCUUCUAUAUUCAAAAAAGAGCCAAGCCGUACAAUUAAUGCUAGUGAGUGUGUCACUCGUGGUUGUGCUCUUCAGUGUGCAAUGCUUAGCCCAAUAUUCCGUGUUAAAGAGUAUGAGGUUCAAGAUUCCAUUCCUUUAUCAAUUGGAUUGUCAUCUGACAAAGGUCCGAUUUGCACACUUUCAAAUGGCAUGCUUUUCCCACAAGGGCACCCAUUUCCAAGUGUCAAGAUUCUUACUUUGCAUAGAACUAACACAUUCUACAUGGAGACAUUUUAUGCUAACCCAAAUGAGUUGCCUGUUGGCAUAUCUCCUCAAAUUAGUACUUAUACGAUUGGACCUUUCCAGUCCCACUCACAAAUGGGUAAAGUUAAGGUUAGAGUUGCACUAAAUCUUCAUGGAAUUGUCACCAUCGAUUCAGCCACAUUAAUAGAGGAAGAUGCUGAUAACUCUCUGUCAGACGAGGCAGAAAGCAAAUUUGAUGAUACAUCCUCUGCAGUAAAUGAUUCUGAAGUCAGCAAUCUUGCUCAUGCAGACAAUCCAUCCAUUGCUGCUGCGAGUGGACAGAGAAAAGGAAGGGCUGUCAAAAGGAUGGAAAUUCCAGUUUCUGAAAGCAUGCAUGGGAAAAUGACAGAGGCUGAGCUCUCUGAAGCUGAAGAGAAGGAACACUGGUUAACGCAACAGGACCUGAAGAUGGAGCAAACCAAAGAGAGGAAAAAUGCCCUAGAGUCACAUGUUUAUGAGAUGCGUGAUAAGAUUUUAAAUUCAUAUCGGAGAUUUGCCACUGAGUCAGAGAGGGAAGAGAUCUCUAGAAAACUUGCAGAGACAGAGGAAUGGCUUUAUGACGAUGGAGUUGAUGAAUCUGCAAGUGUUUACACAGAGAAGUUUGAGGAUCUUAAAAAGCUUGUGGAUCCUAUUGAAAACCGGUAUAAAGAUGAAGAGGCCCGAGAGCAAGCAACAAGGGAUCUAGUAAAGUGUAUAGCAGAUUAUCGAAUGGCUGCAGGAUCACUCCCGUCCAUCAAGAGAGAUGCGGUCACGGACGAGUGCAAUAAAGCAGAGAAGUGGCUGCAAGAAAAAUCCCAGGAGCAGGCUUCCUUGCCCAAAGAUGCUGAUCCAGUAGUUUGGUCUGGUGAAAUCAAAAGAAAAGCAGAAGCUCUUGACGCGACAUGCAAAUACAUGAUAAAAUCAAAUGCUGCCUCACCAAGAAAAGACAAUUCAAACGGCUCUGACUUUGGAAGUAAAUCAGAUCGAUUGGAGGUAGAUUGAUGUUGAUUUCUAUAGACUUACGAUACCAAAGACCAACAGUGAGAAGACUCGUAUGGAAUGACAUAUUUAUUGCAUGACUUUUUGGGAAACUACUUUACUCUAGUAGUUCCAGUUCCAGUAGCAACCCAAUACAUAAAUCAAUGUUCUGCAAGGUGCGCACCAAUUUUUGUGUCUCCUUUCCUGAUCUCCAUCAUUUCUUGAGAUUUUUAAUUGAUAUUUUAACUA